UGCCAUACAUUCAAUUUCAUUUGGCCUCUUUUACGGACCCUACCCCUACAUCACUACUUUUCUCUUCUUCUUCUUCUUCUUCUGAAUCCUUCGAAAUUUGCAGAGGUACUUCAUUUCCUUUCCUUUUCUUAGUCGAAUUUCUGUUCCAAUCAUUCUUUCCAACUAUUUUUCCUUCACCUCGAAUCGAUUCGUUUGUUCGCCUUUCGCCGUCGAUUGAAAGAAACUCCCACUCACUCCUCUUCUUCUUCUUCUUCUUCUAUCACCGCCAACACUUCCUCUUUCUCUCAACGCCGCCAUGGUUUUUCCAACUUCUAUAUUCACGAUUCUCGGUGUUCUUCUUCUCUGGAUUUUGAUAAUCCAGGGAUUUGGAUCCCACGCUCAGUUUUUGCCCGAAGCCGAAGUGAAAGCCCUUCAAACAAUAUCUUCGAAACUUAAGAAUUUAAGCUGGAAUGUUACCCGGACUUCUUGCAUUCAAGGUGAAGGCUUUUCCAAUGGAGCUUUCCCGGGAAACCAAAUCAUGAGGAAUGUCUCAUGCAAUUGUACUUCCACUGUUUGCCAUGUGACAAUCAUCCUGCUUAAGGGUCUCAAUCUAACAGGAACUUUUCCAGAUGAAUUUGGUAAUCUUACGCAUCUGAAGGAACUUGAUCUUACUCGCAACCAUAUUAAUGGCCAACUACCCACUAGUCUUGCCAAUGCUCCUCUUGUCAAACUUUCUCUCUUGGGAAACAGGCUAAACGGUUCAAUUCCCAAGGAAAUUGGUGACAUUGGCACCCUUGAAGAGCUGGUCUUGGAAGACAACCUGUUAACUGGAAAUCUACCUCCCAACCUUGGAAAUCUGAACCGUUUGAACAGACUGCUUCUGUCCGCAAACAAUUUCACAGGAAGAAUACCAGACUCAUUCGGAAAAUUAAAGAACUUGGUUGAUUUUAGGAUAGAUGGGAAUGGAGUGUCUGGGAAGAUUCCUGAAUUCAUUGGGAAUUGGAUCAACCUUGACAGACUGGAUAUUCAAGGAACAUCAAUGGAAACCCCCAUUCCUUCUACAAUUUCUCAAUUGAAGAACCUAACUCAAUUGAGGAUAUCUGAUUUGAAGGGAUCAUUUAUAAGUUUCCCCAAUUUGACAGAUCUGAUAAAUAUGGAAGAAUUGGUCCUGAGGAACUGUUUAAUUAAUGGUUCAAUCCCUCAGUAUAUUGGAGAAAUGAAUAAAUUAUCAACUCUGGAUCUAAGCUUCAACCAUUUAACUGGUCCAAUUCCAGCGACAUUUCAGAAUCUGAUCAAGAGAAAGAUAGACUUCAUGUUUCUCACAAACAACUCACUGAGUGGUGAAGUGCCCGGUUGGAUUUUGAGGAGCAAAAAGAACAUAGAUUUGUCUUACAACAAUUUUUCAGGGUCUACUCUUGCUAGUUGCCAACAGUCACCUGUGAACUUGGUAGCCAGUUACCCACCUGCAGCGAAUCAUCAAGUUCCUUGGUGCCUCAAGAAGGACCUUCCAUGCUCCGGAAAAGCUGAAUAUCAUUCCUUGUUUAUUAAUUGUGGAGGAACCAGAUUGAGGGCUGAUGGGCAUGAUUAUGAAGAGGACUUAACUACAGAGGGCAAGUCAAAUUUCUUUUCUGUUUCAGAAAAAUGGGCUUAUAGCAGUACAGGAGUUUUUCUGGGUGAUGAAAAUGCCGACUACUUAGCUACAAAUAAAUUAGGCCUGAAUGUGAGUGGUCUUGGCUAUAACCAAAAUGCCCGUCUUUCCCCUCUCUCCCUCAAAUAUUAUGGUCUCUGCCUGCGGAGCGGAAGCUACAAUGUGAAGCUCCACUUUGCUGAAAUUAUGUACUCUAAUGAUCAAACUUUUAGUAGCCUGGGAAAGCGUAUAUUCGAUAUAUCAAUUCAAGGAAAACUAGUCAAGAAGGAUUUCAAUAUUGUGGAGGCAGCUGGGGGUGUGGGUAAGAACUUCACAGUGGAAGAUAAAAAUGUUUCUGUCAAUGGCAGUACCCUUGAGAUUCAUCUAUAUUGGGCUGGUAAAGGAACCACAGCAGUGCCAGACAGAGGAGUUUAUGGACCCCUUAUUUCUGCAAUCACAGUUACACCAAACUUUAAAAUUGACGAGGGAGGACUAUCAGCUGGAGCACUUGCCGGCAUUAUAAUUUCUUCAUGUGCAGUACUCAUCAUAUUGGUCGUUGUAUUUCUUUGGAUGAAAGGUUACAUCUGUAAGAAGGAAGUCCCAGCUAAUGAACUUUCUGGCGUAGAUUUACAAACGGGUCAUUUUACAUUGAAACAAAUUAAAGCUGCCACCAACAACUUUGAUCCUAAAAGUAAAAUAGGCGAAGGUGGAUUUGGGCCUGUCUAUAAGGGUGUAUUGUCUGAUGGCGUUUUGAUUGCUGUAAAGCAACUCUCCUCGAAAUCGAAGCAAGGUAGCCGUGAGUUUGUCACUGAGAUUGGGAUGAUAUCUGCAUUGCAACACCCAAACCUAGUUAAGCUCUUUGGCUGCUGUGUUGAGGGAAAUCAAUUGUUGCUAGUAUAUGAAUACAUGGAAAAUAAUAGUCUUGCCCGUGCGCUUUUCGGUCGGGAGGAACAAAGGCUACAUCUUGACUGGCGAACAAGGAAGAAGAUAUGCUUGGAGAUAGCUAGGGGGUUAGCAUACCUUCAUGAAGAAUCAAGGUUGAAAAUUGUUCAUAGAGACAUCAAGGCCACAAAUGUGCUGCUCGACAAAGAUCUUACUGCCAAGAUUUCUGACUUUGGUUUGGCCAAGCUUGAUGAAGAGGAGAACACCCACAUCAGCACACGAAUUGCUGGAACCAUCGGUUAUAUGGCACCAGAGUAUGCAAUGAGAGGAUACUUGACAGACAAGGCAGAUGUUUACAGCUUUGGAAUUGUUGCUUUAGAGAUAGUUAGCGGAAAAAGUAACACAAAUUACAGGCCGAAGGAAGAGUUCGUCUAUCUUCUUGAUUGGGCCUAUGUACUGGAAGAACAGGGUAACCUUCUAGAACUGGUAGAUCCAGACCUUGGUUCAAAUUACUCAUCAGAGGAAGCAAUGAGGAUGCUGAACAUAGCUCUGUUAUGCACCAACCCAUCUCCCACGCUCAGGCCAACCAUGUCUUCCGUGGUGAGUAUGCUUGAAGGCAAUAUUCCAGUCCAAGCUCCCAUCAUCAAGCGCACUGCAUCAGGCCAACAUCCAAGGUUUAAAGCGUUUGAGAUGCUCUCACACGAAAGCAGAUCGCAGAUUUCAAGCUCAACGUUUUCGGGAGAAGCUGCUGAGGCUCAGAAAAGCAUGUUAAUGGAUGGGCCAUGUACGGAUUCCGCAGUAUCCACUGACAGCAAUGACAAGAAUCUCUACCACUCUGCAUCCAGUGAUCCCAUCCAAAAUCAUCGUCGUGUUGAUGAUCUCAAACCGUCAGAUAAGUAAUUCAUGGAACACCAUAUUUAUAUUUACUUCUUUCAUUGCAAGCUCUAUUAUUUAAGUCAUUUGAUUCUUUGUACAAAUGAAAGGAAAUGCUCUCUCAAAUUGGUUAUAUUUGUUUUGGCAACAUACUUGUGUGCAUACUGCAUACACUGUCUUUUGGCAGAACAAAUGAGAUGAAAUGAACUGUAAACAAAUUGAAUUAUAUUGGAAAAUCUGAUCAUUCUUACCCUUUU